AUGGCUUUGACUAUAGAAUUCGAGAUGCCAGACGGCAUCGAACUUGUCAUUUCCGUUCUGAUCAUCAUUGCUUCCCUUGUUAUCUUCUGGAAGUUCUUCCUAAAAAACGCCCCUAAGAAAAAUAAAGCUAUUGUUUGUGAUGACAGAUUCACUGACUAUCUUCCACCUCUUGGCCAUAGAGCAUUCAAGGCUUCGGAGCUCGUUCCGCGCCGAGAACAAGAACUUCUUAGGCAACAGAUCGACAGAAUUGAGCGUAAUAGACAGGCUGCUUUCGCCGAGAUUGGAAGAGUUUACGCCCGCCGAGUCCAAAUCGACAAAGCUCUGGAUGAAACUGUCGAAGCGCUCAAGCGGGAAUUCCCCCAUGAUUUCGGACCAGCACUUCCCCUCAAGAAGAAGAUCCGGGACCUGUCCCAGGAAAUGGAGCAGUGUUAUGGGAUGGCAGACGAUAUUUGCCAUCAGAUGCAUCAGAUGAUGGUGCAGCGGUUGAGUCUUCGUCGAAAGAUUGACCGCAUUGACAUGCAAAUGGAGUCGGCGCGUCUCGCUGAAAUCAUGCACCCUCACAUUAUCCCGACUGAAGCUCUGGGUGACCCGGACCGGGAGGAAAAGAAGCGCGAGUGA